AUGUUUUUGGCGUCACAGACAGAAGAGCAGAAGCGUAAAGCCCGCAUGCAAAUGAUGUGUUUAUACUGGUCCUUUUUUCUUUUGGGUUGGAAUGACGGUAGCACUGGGCCUCUUUUGCCCCGGAUUCAAUCUGUGUAUCAUGUAAACUUUACUAUUGUUUCGUUGUUGUUCGUUUCUUUGUGUGUCGUACCUCGGGACCACGUAUUAAUGUCGGGUAUAGGAUCUCUCACUCAAAUAGUUGCUUAUAGUUUGCAAGCCGCUGCCGUACCCUUCCCUGUCUUUGUGAUAGCAAACUUUAUCAAUGGAGUGGGCUCUGCAGUACAGGAUGCCCAAGCGAACGGUUUCGUGGCGGCUCUAGAUGACAACUCGAAGAUGGGCUAUCUUCAUGCAGUUUAUGGUGCAGGGGCUCUUGUAGCUCCUCUCGUGUCGACUCAGUUUUCCCAGCUUAAACAUUGGUCUUUUCACUAUCUGAUUUCUCUUGGGAUUUCGUUGUCAAAUGUCGCUUUUUUGGCAUAUACGUUCCGUCUCAAAAAACAGAAUGACUGUCUCGCUGAAAUCGGGCUCGAUUCCGGUGAAGAGAACGCCUCCGAGACACGUACCUACCGGCAGAUUUUCGCACAGAAGACUGUCCAUGUCCUCGCGUUCUUCAUUCUAGUUUACGUCGGGGUAGAAGUGACUCUCGGUGGAUGGAUCGUUUCUUUUAUGAUCGAUGAACGUGGUGGUGGACCGUCUGCAGGAUAUAUCUCAUCUGGGUUUUUUGGAGGUCUUAUGGUCGGGCGCGUGGUCCUUUUAUGGUUUAAUCGCAAGAUGGGUGAACAACGUGCACUACUUGUCUAUGCUGUCCUUGCUAUAGGCUUGGAGCUAGUGGUUUGGCUAGUCCCUUCACUAAUCGGUGGGGCAGUUGCCGUCUCUCUGGUAGGGGUAUUAUUAGGCCCGACAUACCCAUUGGCAGUGAAUCAUGCUGCUCGUGUUCUUCCCCGUUGGCUAUUAACCAGUUCCAUCGGGUGGAUUGGCGGAUUUGGACAAGCGGGGUCCGCAGUAUUUCCUUUUAUCACAGGUCUACUCGCUUCGAAGCGAGGAAUUCAGACUCUUCAGCCUCUCAUAGUAGCUAUGCUUGCAUCAAUGCUUGUAUUAUGGCUAAUGGUUCCCAAAGCUGUGCACCGAACAGAUUAA